AUGGCACCUUCUCUGCAGCUGUCUGCCCAAUGCUCUGUUUGCCACAAGGUCAUUAGCCGCAAGGCUGACCUUCAUAGACACAUGCGUACACACGCUGCAAACAAGGACGAACUUAUGCACGCAUGCCCAUAUGAUGGCUGCGGUUACAAGACCCUACAAAGGUCUAACGUCCAGACACACAUCAGGACGCACACCGGUGAACGCUCAAAGAAGUGCCCCGAUUGCCCAUUUUCUACCGCUGACCCCGGUAGCCUGACGCGUCACCGCAAGUCAGAACAUGACUACAAGCCCAAGGCGCGUCGCGCUCGCGACGACGGCAAAGCUGCUCGCAGAGACGCCACUGCGCCUUAUCCCUCCACUCGAUUUAUGGAGCCAAAGCCCUCUCAGCUCCCCGUUUUUACCCCGGACUCCCUCCAAGCUCCGUCCAUCCUCGCCAAUCUCACCGCUAUCGACUCGCAGCUACUCUCCGACGCCGCGCGCCCGCAGGCCAUUUACGAUGUCGGAUUUUAG